AUGACAGAACUAUAUAAGAAGAAGCUGUGGACUGAUGUAAAGUUCCGCUGUAAAGAUCACAACGACGACGAGAGAAUCCAUGCUCACAAGACGAUCCUGACGGCAAGAAGUCCUGUAUUCCAGGCAAUGUUUUUCGGAGCAUUCGAUGAAAGUAGAGAGGAAGUUCCUCUCAAAGAUGCUGAAAAAGAAAUAUUUGAUCUACUUUUAAGGUACACGUUGAGUGAUACAGUGGCACUGAAAGAAGAUACGGCUUCUGAACUGCUACAAAUGGCACAUCUAUAUCAGGUUCCGAGUCUCGUUGAAGUCUGUGUCGACUUCAUAGCGACGAAUAUCAGACCAGAAAAUGCAUGCGAAAUUCUUACACUCGCCAUUCUAUGA